AUGCCUUCCCAGGGCCACGGUCCUGGUCCCGUCCUCCCUAUACCCAUCUAUGCCGAUUCCGCGAGCGAUUCGGACGACCACCCCAACGGCCACCACGAGCCCGACAGCUCCGAUAACAUGUACGACGACGACGACGACGACGUGAACGCGAACGCGCUUCACUUCACCUCCCAUACCGCCCAGAUCCCCUCCCACUAUACUACACAGGCCAUAUCAACACCCGCCUAUCCCUUUUUCUCGUAUACCCACCCUUACGUGCCCACACAUCACGAAGCCAGCGAAGAGGAGGAGGACGAGGAUGACGAAGACGAGGACGAGGACGAGGACGAAGAUGAAGAAGAGGAUGAUGGUGAGAAUGAGGACGAGGACGGAGACGAGGACGAGGAUGAGGACGGAGAUGUCGACAUGAGCGAUAGCGAUGGCGGUGCGUCGCUAGGCCCCGGCCAUGAAGGUGCCUAUGCAUUUACCAGCACCACGCACCAGGGAGCCCCAACCCCCGAUCACCUCGGCGUUCCCGAGCCGCCACACAUGGCCUCAGCCGACGACGAUGUCGACGAACUUGAGGGCCCCCAUCCACUGACCACGUCUUUCCAUGGCAAUUCAGGUGUCCAGAUCCCCCAACCUCCCGGGAUCCUUGUCCCCAUUAAUCCCGGUCUCGUGCCCUUUCUGCGCUCCUGGGCGCAUCCCGCUCUCUCCCGGCCCGAAGAUAGGCGCCCACGGUAUAGGGCUCCAUGGCUGCCCUACGUCGAGGACCUAGACACAUCUCGCUUAAAGUCGGUCAGUUACGACGAGCUUAUGGGUGACCAGUACGACGUCCAGGGUAUCGACUGGUCUCACCUGCGCGUUACGCGCAAAGAGGCGCGCGAACGACGCUUGAAUACAUAUACCAAUUUUGUCAACAUUGCUCAUUCGGAUGCCUUUAGCCCGAACCGCCCGGACCGGAUGCUGCAGAGAAGCGAAAACUACUUUAGAUUUAGACGGAUGCACGUACGGAAAAAUGUGCGCCUGAACCACUUUCAGCUUAGAAAUAUCCUUGCCACCCCGUCGAGGAUGCAAUCCUUCUACCCUGAAGCUCGCGGGAUACGGCAGAUUGACCCCCAAACAGGCAGGGAUGAGCUUUUCUUGAACCUCAAGGACAUGGACGGCGGGGGCUUGGUUUCCACGCUCUCUGCCACCGACCGAGUCCUCGUGGCGGGUACCUUCAACGGAGAAUACUGUAUCAAAAACCUCGACUCGACCGACAAACGCCACGUCGAAGGCCAGCUCACCGACGACACAAGCGGAAUCACGACGCACGUCCAAGCAUACGAAGCGCGCACCUCGGCGAGUCCGCACGCUGCCUUUGCAUCAAACGACCGCGGCUUCCGCGUUCUAGACGUAGCCACGCAAAAGUUUGUCUUGCAGACCAUGUACAACUUUCCCGUCAACUGCACGGCCAUGUCCCCGGACAAGCGCUUGCGUGUCAUGGUGGGGGAUCAUUUCACGGCUGUCGUGACCAAUGCCGAAACCGGCGAGGUAUUGCAGGAGCUCAAAGGUCACCACGACUUUGGCUUCUCGUGCGACUGGGCCGACGAUGGCUGGACGGUCGCCACGGGCUCGCAGGACAUGACGGUCAAGAUUUGGGACGCCCGGCGUUGGGGGAAUUCUCAAGGCGACAACAUUCCCCUGUGCACGAUUCGCUCCGAGAUGGCGGGCGUGCGCAACCUCAAGUUUUCUCCGCUCGGCAGCGGCAAACGCGUCCUCGUGGCCACCGAGGAGGCCGACUUUAUCAACAUUAUCGAUGCCCGCGACUUUUGGUGCAAGCAGACCUUUGACGUGUUUAGCGAGAUUGGCGGUGUUGGCUUUUCCAACGACGGCCAAGACCUCAAGUUCUCUGUUGCGACGCCUCCCGUGGCGGUCUGCUUCAGCUCGCACGCUGCGACCUCGGCGCGGAGACGGCAGAAUUCGGCUACGACCCCAACUUUGCUCCCUACCGGGCCCGCGCGCUAG